AGGCAUCAGCGUUGGCCGCUGCCUCCCCGCCGUCGUCCAUUAGAGCUCCGCUCCAUCGCUGUACGGCGCAGGCCCGAAGUAGCGCAGCCGCUCUGAGCCAUUGUGGUGUGUUACCUGGCAACGUGCAUUAGGUUAUGGAGGAGCACGCCGUUCACCAGACCGAACACAUGACCACAAUUGAGGCCAACGCUGUACAUGUAACUACCUUCACUGAAUCAUCCAUGAUGAGCGCCGAAGAAGACUCCACCUCCUCCCCAGAUGACGACCCAUAUGAUGACACAGAGAUCCUCAACUCUGCAGGCACCGAUGAGGUUACCGCCCACCUAGCCGCUGCAGGGCCGGUGGGCAUGGCAGCUGCUGCCGCCGUGGCAACUGGCAAGAAAAGGAAGCGGCCCCAUAUAUUUGAAUCCAACCCGUCCAUCCGCAAGAGGCAGCAGACGCGUCUGCUCAGGAAGCUACGAGCCACCCUGGAUGAGUACACAACCAGGGUGGGCCAGCAGGCCAUCGUUCUGUGUAUCUCCCCCUCCAAACCAAACCCUGUCUUCAAAGUGUUUGGCGCCGCUCCUCUGGAGAAUGUGGUACGGAAGUAUAAGAGCGUGAUGCUGGAGGACCUGGAGAACGCUCUGGCUGAACACGCCCCUCCUGGAGGUGAGCUGGCCUCAGAGCUGCCUCCGCUCACCAUAGAUGGCAUCCCAGUCUCUGUGGACAAGAUGACCCAGGCCCAGCUGCGAGCGUUCAUCCCAGAAAUGCUAAAGUAUUCAACGGGCCGAGGAAAGCCCGGCUGGGGGAAGGAAAGCUGUAAGCCGGUGUGGUGGCCCGAGGACAUUCCUUGGGCCAACGUGCGAAGUGAUGUCCGCACAGAGGAGCAGAAACAGAGGGUGUCAUGGACUCAAGCACUGCGGACCAUCGUAAAAAACUGCUAUAAGCAGCAUGGUCGCGAGGAUUUGCUGUAUGCUUUUGAAGACCAGCAGGUUGCCACGGUACCCACCCCCCACCACUUGACUGCCGCUCAGAGUAUCGCGCACCUCGUUCCCUCACAGACCGUCGUACAGACUGUCAACAACCCCGAUGGGACGGUCUCGCUCAUUCAGGUGGGCACAGGACACACAGUUGCCACACUGGCAGAUGCCUCGGAGCUUCCUGGUGUGACGGUAGCACAGGUCAACUAUUCCACUGUGACUGAUGGAGAGGUGGAGCAGAACUGGGCGACUCUACAGAGCGGAGAGAUGACAAUUCAAACCACCCAGGCUUCAGAGGCCACGCAGGCUGUGGCCUCCCUGGCUGAAGCUGCAGUCGCAGCCUCUCAGGAGAUUCAGCCUGGAACAACAGUCACAAUGGCUCUCAACAGUGAAGCAGCAGCCCAUGCUGUGGCAACACUGGCAGAGGCCACUUUACAAGGUGGAGGGCAGAUUGUCCUGGCGGAGACGGCAGCAGCUGUGGGGGCAUUGGCAGGCGUGCAGGACGCCACAGGCCUGGUUCAGAUCCCGGUUAGCAUGUACCAGACAGUAGUGACCAGCCUCGCCCAGGGCAGCCGACCCGUCCAGGUUGCUAUGGCACCUGUGGCCACACGCAUCAAUAACACUGUCACGCUGGACGGCCAGGCGGUGGAAGUUGUGACCCUGGAGCAGUGACACUUACCUACUGAACCCGGAAGGAGCUGGACGGCCAACUCUGGAGAUUUGUUUAUCCUGCUGUGUUUUGAGAAAUCAUGCCGCAGACAACGACAGAAAUCGAUUUUUCGUACAUCUGCAGCAGACGUAAAAGAGGCAGAGUUAUCUAUACAAUGUGUUUACUAUGUAAAAAUACUGCUUGCGUUUGGUGUAUUUUUUCCCCAUUUAGCGUCAUGUUUUAUUCUUGUUUUUUUUCCCCCCCAUUUUCUUCUUUUGUUUUGUGCUGUGUGUUGACUAUUUAGUAUUUAUUUCUUUUCCAUUAACAAUGAACCAAAAGGCCCAGAUGGAAUGGCACCACUGGACCUUCGAUUGUUUGUGCAAUUGUUCCGUUUGUUUUAGGACGCUUUUACAAUCCGGUGCCACUAUCGCUGCACACUCCUGCCUGUCAUCCAACAUCCUCCUCCCGCUAUCAAAACGUCACUCUCUCCACCUCUUCUCAUGUCCAACUGUCAUACAGAACGGUACAGGCCAACCUGCAGAACCUCUUCCCCCAGUGAAGUCGAUCUUGUCGCGUGCUUGAUCAUGCACAACAUUUUUGAAGACUCAGGAUGUCCAUCAAGGUGUUUUAUACUGCAUGGAUAGCAGCACCCUUUGUUUGUUUGUAUGUUUACACGCAGUCCUUUGUAUGUCACUUAGAAUCUGGUGGUGUAAUUUUUUUAAAAUCAUAGAAAGUCAGUCAUGUAUAUACAGAAGCUGUGAUAUUUGCGAUGCAAAUAUAUAUAUUUUUUGGCAUUUCUGUAAUCAUGUGACAAUAAAAUGUGUUCCACUAAUGGAUCCCAAUGCAGCUGUAACAGCUGUUACCAGUGUCACAAAACUAUUAAGUCGAAUAAAAAAGACUGAUGUUCACCAUU